CGUCCGCGUCACGGCGGUCCUGUAGUGCGCGUACAACUGCCCAAAUCUCACUCGUUCGAUCUCUCUCUCUCUCCGCGCGCCACUGCUCGAAAGUUCUCCCGCGUAACAUAAAACAUCGUCCGCACGGCUCGGUCGCCGUUACCGCGUCGUGAUUAUUUCUAUCGGUACACCGUUUACACCUGAUCCCGCGGUCUUCAAUUCGCCACCACCCCUUCACCCGCACGCAAACACCCCCAUCCCCCAUCACCACCCAGGCAAACCGAUCGCGCAUAUUCUUACGCUGUUUCGACCCGUCGUCCGUCAAUCGCCUCGCAGUCGUCGUCCGACCGGAAACAUCGACGGCUCCACAAAAAUCAACGAAACAGUAAUGUUCGGGGUCAUACAGAGGUAUGCCUCAUGGUUGCCCGUGGAUGGUGCCACUGUUUAGAUGGGCCUUACUGUCUGGUUGCAUGGCCAGACCGUUGAGUUCCGGUACCGGAAUGUCCGACAUUGUAACACAAAACAUGACAGAAGAAAACUUAACUUGCUACACUUGCGUAAACGUGUCGGACAAUUUGACGUGCAACCAAUACGCCAUCGAUAGACCGUGUGCUCGAGACCUAGACUACUGCCAGACGUUACAUAUUAUGGAUUCGACUGGAUCCAGCGUCAUAGUGAACAAAAAGUGUGCCAAUCGAACAGAAUGCCAUCCGUCUACAGUCGGAUGUCUGAGCAUUGACAGACAGACAGUGUGCGUGUCUUGCUGCGACGAUAUGUACUGCAAUAUGACGGUGCCGACAAACCAGACGAAUGCGGUGGUGACGAUCACGCGGAAAAAUCACAUGAGCCCCACCAAAGGGCCGAAGGCGAAAUCGGCAGCCGACUCACCGACGGUCGCCACGCGCGCGCUCCUGUUCCUGCUGUCAUCCAUCGUUCUGUGGUGUUAGACGUGGCCCAGCCGCAAUUGCUGCGCUCUCAUACGCAGGGCUUACAGUGGACGCGUGGGAGGGGGGCACUCGAUCGGGGCUACCCAGACCCGCCCGGCCAUGCCUUUCCGGCACCACUUGGAAAACGUUUCCCAUCGACGUUUCUCGCGAAAACUCGCUCGACUGCCGUCGUUCGAAAUAACGGUACGUAAAGGGAUGCACCCCCUUCCGAUGCCCCGCCAUUUUAAGCCCUGUUUAUGCGACGAAACAUAUAAUUUUAUAAAUCCUAGUACUGUUAUAUGAAUACCUACUUUCGAUAAUAACAUAGUGUUACAAUACCACGUAUGCAGUUUACAAUUAGUAGUUAUGUAAGUGUUUAGUUUCAGCACGGGCGUAGGAUGCAACACGCACACGGUCCAACGAUAACAUUAAAAUACGUGUAUUAAUAGCAACUGUGCGACCGAUGUACGACUGUUUUUUGUUUAAUAUGACGUUUAAUUAUUAUUAUUAUGGAAAAUCGCUAUGCGGCUGUAUGUGUGUGCGGUUGAACAGUCGAAAAAUUGAUUGAAACGAGUAUGUUAUUGAAAAAAAUAAAUAAUAUAUAUAUUUAUAUAUUACUACAAAUUUAUAAAACUAUAUGUAUAAUAUUUACUAUGUUAUAAAAUACACAUGUAGAUGGGCAGAACGAGUAACUGCGAUGUUAGAGGUGGAUUUUACUUUAUUUUUUUUUCAAACUCACAAUUCGGUAAUUAAUACAUUUUCUCUUCCCGUCGUGUCUAAAGGCGACAAUGCAAAUUACAUCGCGUCGACAAAUCAAAAUCCGACCGGGUAAUAAUAAUUGUUGUAAAAAAUAACGGACGAACGAAAACUAUGCGUCGAAAGCGUAGGUAUAAAACAGGUGAAAUGUCUUCUGAGAAAGGUCUUAAAUAUUUGAAUACCUCAAUAAUCGAUAACUUUGAUAUGUUACAUUACCAUAAAGAUUCGGUAUGCGGAAUAAAUUAAGAUAAGAUUCUUUGUAAAGUUUUUUGAGAAAAAAUAUCCACCCCGUACUAUUCGCUUUUUCUCAUUUUUCCCAGUAACCUAUAUAUUUAUACUCAAUACAAACAUAAAAGUUUAUCGAUUUUUGUUCCCUUAUGUUUAAAAAUAUUAUGUUUUUAAAUUUAACUAAAUUUUGUUUUUGUUUUCUAAU